GACAGGAGCCUUACUUUAAAUAUAAAACUUUUUGAAAUUUUCAAGUGAUAAUGGAGACAGAGCAGUCGGCAGUACUCUUCUGUCUAAUUCUGCUGUUUGCGGCAGACCAUGUAAACGUUAAGGGAGAAAUGACAGUGGAUAGCGAUGCAACUUACAUGCAAUAUCUCCUUGACUAUGGGUGGGUUCCCCCUCAAGAUCCCAGGACCCGCUCUAUCAGAUCGGAGGAAUUGAGGAAAAAAAUUAUCAUGGAAUUCCAGAAACUUGUAGGCCUGCCUAUGACAGGUGUUUUUGAUAAAGACACGAGGAAAAUGAUGCACCUAACACGUUAUGGUAAUUCUGAUAGAAUAGGAACUGGAAGUGUUGGAGGCCGAAGGAAAAGAUACACUUUACAAGGAUAGUGUAGCAGUAGAAUAGAAAUAAGUUCCUGAAAGAAAAAAAUAUGAAGUGAUCGCUGGAAUCAAUUUUGGCAGCAGGGUGUGGCGACGAUUUAACAUCUGUACACAAAAUAUAUUGAUUGUAGUCUUGAAUAAUUGCAGGUUAUUAUUAUCACUAAAUGCUGAUCAUUUAUCUCUUAAAGUUAUCAAAAUAAUUGUUUUUUAAGAAAAAUAUUAAUUACUGUGUGAUAUUGUUAAUGGAUGGUAACUAUGUAAUUGUUGCAUUGAUUUGUGUACACUUUCAUAAUUUUUUUAAGUAGUUGUGAAAUAAUUUGUAUCUCUAUCACAAGUCCCAACUGCAUGAUAGAGAAAUUAUUUUAGUGACCUUUAUGUUUUGUAAAAUGUGUUACAGAAGCAUUUAUUGGCUAGUUGAAAAAAGAUGUAAAAUUUUCUGUCUGUUUUCAGUCCUCAGAUAUGUUUAUCACGUAUUAUGUAAAAGCAGUAGGCUUUUACAAGAAAUGACAGCAAGAUCAAUA